AUGAAUCUCUCUUUCACAAGAAAUCCGCUUUAGCUCUGCUUUUCAUUUUCCACCUCUCAAUACAAAAAUAAAUAUCUUGACGUUGUGUUUCCACAAGAAACCAUCUGUGAGAAAGGCGAUGAGCGGCAGUGAUCACUAUCCUCUCGACUCAAACUGCUACAAGAUUCUUGAUGAAAUUGGCAGAGGAGUUAGCGCCAUUGUGUAUAAGGCCGUCUGCAUUCCAAUGGAGUCCUCUGUGGUAGCUAUCAAAGCGAUUGAUCUAGAGAAGUCGAAGACGGAUUUCGAAAAUGUGAGACGUGAAGCCAAGAUCAUGACCCUUUUGUGGCACCCUAACAUCCUCCGAGCACACUGCUCCUUCACAGUGAAAAGCUCUCUUUGGGUGGUGAUGCCCUUCAUGUCCGGUGGCUCUCUGCAGUCCAUCAUUGCUUCCUCGUACCCAGACGGCCUACCGGAGCCAUGCAUCGCCUCAGUUCUCAAGGAAAUCUUGAGUGCUCUAUCCUACCUUCACGACCAGGGCCAUCUCCACAGAGAUAUCAAGGCAGGUAACAUUCUUAUAGACUCCAACGGCACGGUCAAGCUUGCAGAUUUCGGUGUGUCGGCCUCAGUUUACGAGUCGAGUUUGUCGUGUGGUUGGGCUGGAUCCUCAUCUUCAAUGUCUAGGAUGCUUACUGAUGUUACUGGAACCCCGUAUUGGAUGGCGCCGGAGGUCAUACAUUCACACACAGGUUAUGGUAUCAAGGCUGACAUAUGGUCCUUUGGUAUUACUGCCUUGGAAUUAGCUCAUGGAAGGCCUCCUCUCUCUCAUCUCCCUCCUUCCAAAUCGAUGAUGAUGAAAAUCACCAAGAAAUUCCGUUUCUCCGACCACUAUGACAAGACCAAGGCCAGCAUGAAUAAGAGGUUUUCAAAGUCUUUCAAGAAUAUGGUUGGUUUGUGCCUCGAUCACGACCCCUCCAAGAGGCCCACUGCGGAGAAGUUGUUGAAACAUUCGUUUUUCAAGAAUUGCAAGGGACCUGAUUUCUUGAUCAAGAAUGUUCUGCAUGGAGUUCCUGCAGUUGAGCAGAGGUUCAAGGGGGCGGAGAUUCAUCGCCUCACCUCCAUGAGCAGAAGCAGUGAAGACGACGACGAUGAUGAGGCUGACUCUGCCUCUGGCCAACUCUUGAAGCACAGGAGGAUUAGUGGCUGGAACUUCAACGAGGAAGGCUUCCAGUUGGAUCCUGUUUUCCCAGCUGAUGAUGCGCCUGCCAAACAAGUUGUAAUUCAAGAGGAGGAUGAGAGUUGUGAUGAUGCAAGAGGCGGCGGUGACGGUGGUGCAGCGGCAGUCUUGCGGACAAUGCUGGUUUUGAGGGAUAGUUUGGAUGAUCAGAGGCAGAGGGUGGGCCAGAUUAUUGCAUUCCUUGGAGGCGAAGAACCGGUGGAGGCGACCAGGGAGGAACAGCUGAUGCAGGAGAUUGUGAAUCUGAGGAUGGAGUUGGAGAAUCAGAAGAAGUAGAGGUUUGAUUUGGAGAUGGAGGUGGAGUUCAUGAAGAUGCAGCUUUCCAAUCAAUAGACGCUUGCUCUGCUAAUUAAAUGUAUCACUCUUUCGUAAUCAAUAGUGUAUCAAAUUUUCAUCAUUCUAGAUUUUCUAGUUUUGUGAUUGAAUCAUGCUUAUUAAUAGAAGGCUUACCACAUUAUGCUUUCAUUUACACUUGUAAUAUCCAGGACCAGAUUCAUGAUUUCAGCGCUCAAAUAUUAUACUCCUUCCAUUCCAUUAAAA